AUGCAUGAAACGCUGGAACACGUCGUCUCCGUCCUUCCUGUAUGGCCCGGACACGAGCAAGGCGGACAAGGCGCGUCUCCCGGUACCGCGCCGGAAGGCAGUGGCGUGGUCGUGCGGCGCGGAGUAAUCGCAACCGCCUUCCAUGUCGUGGAACCUGCAGAGCGUGUCGAUAUUCGUCUUUCAGAUGGAAGAGUAUUGCCGGCUCGCCUGAUCGCCGGCGAUGCGGCAAGCGAUAUUGCGCUGUUGUCGGUCGAGACGGAUCUGGUGCCGUUUGAAAUCAGCCCUUCCCCGGGUUUGGCGCAGCCGGCCUGCGCGAUCGGCAAUGCAUUCGGACUUGGACUAUCCGUCACCUGCGGCGUCGUUUCAGCGGUCGGGGUCACGAAUGCGGGCUUCAAUGCGGUCGAGGAUUUCGUUCAAACAGAUGCCGCGGCGAACCCGGGCUCCUCUGGUGGCGCAUUGGUCGACGCGCAGGGCCGGUUGAUCGGCAUGAUGUCCGCCAUUUUUGCGUCCGGAGCGGAUGCGAAUAUCGGCGUGAAUUUUGCCGUAUCAGCCAAGUUGUUGAUGCGUGUGACCGACGCCCUUCUUGCAGAUGGCAAGGUCGAAUACCUGUCUGCUGACUGGAGACUCGGCUCCGCGGACAACGCCCAACUUGCAAAGGUUGCCGCACCCGUUGUUGGAACGGUGCGCGCAGGUGGCAAGGCGCACGCCGCCGGUAUCGAAACCGGUGACCUGAUAUUGGAGAUCGGGUCCCGUCGAACACGCACACCACGCGACGCGCUCACGGCGCUCGCGCUUUUGCCACCACAAACAACCGUUGUGGAUGUCAGGGUGCUGAGAGGCGGUGCGGAGAAGACUGUCAGUUUGUCGUUCGUUGAGCCGACCAGGCAGCCGGAUUUGGAUGUACAAAAAAAUUCCGAUCCGGAUUGCCCCCAUCCGUCUGCAGUCUGCGCGCUGCGCCAGGCUGUCUUUCCGGUGUCCAGUUUCGAUCCGGUCGGCAGUGCGACCAGGAUCGCGAGCGACCUGCUCGUCACCAACCGGCAUGUGGUCGGGAACCGCAAGGAUGCAACGGUUCAUACUCCCGGCGGUCCGAAAACCGCCAAGGUCGUUCCGUCAGCCUUUCGCGGUGAUCUUGUCCUUUUGAAGGUGGAUGGAUUGCCCGAAGACGGACAGAUACUAGAUCCGGCGUCGGCAAGACCGGCAGAAGGACCAUACUACGCAAUUGGUGCCGACAUUGCGCGACGGGAAGUGCGUGUCUUCGAGCCCGGCGAACUUAUUCUGGCGCCUGCGGAAGGAGCCGAUCUCGGGCGGCUCCACGUGCGUGCCCGCAUGCAACCCGGCGUCAGCGGUGGAGCUCUGGUCGACGGGGACGGAGACCUUGCAGGCAUCGCAGUGGGUGGUGGAGACGGCAGGUACGAGGCCAUACCCGUCUCGGCGAUACAAUUGCUCCUACAGCAGCGGGAAAGUCCCGAAGCCACCAGGAUGACGAACCGGCUCGGGAUCAAUUUCGCCGCGUGUGCGACCGCCAUCGAUUCCGUUCUGGCAGGUGAACGGCAGGAGGAGGCGCUUGGACAGCUUUCCAAAACAUGCAAAGCGUCGUCGAACCAUGGCCAGCUCCUGGAAGCAGGACGCCUUCUGGCUCAAGCGGGGGACUUCGACGCCGCGAUAAGCCUUCAUGGACAAGCGUCUGAUCAGGUGCCGAACUCCAUCAAUUCCCGGAUGUCUCUUCUGGUUUCGCUCCAACUGGCGACCCGUUUUGAAGACAUGACCGACCAUGCCCGCUGGCUUCUCAAUGCUGCGCCCGACGACCCGCAGGCGCUUCGGUUUUCCAUUCAAUCAGGUGUUUGGGGCGGCGAUCCGGAACUGGCCGAAGCGGGAUAUCGGGCGUUGCUGAAGGCAGAUCCGAGGCAAGCACAGGCGGCACGCCGUUUCAUUGACAGUGCGCCGCCCGCGCCGCGGCGCAGGUAA